AUGUCCUGGAGUCUGACUGAGAAUAAACCAGCUCCUGGGAACUGGGACCUGGGGAACCUGGGUCCUGAUCUGUGGACCUCCGCUGGGGCCUGGCCUUACACACUUGGGCCCACAGUGGGUGGCAUCUACACGGUGCUGCAGACGAAGGCGAAGGUGACCGGGGAUGAGUGGGGCGACAACUACUACCUGGUGGGACCAUACACGGAGCAGGGUGUGAGGACCCAGGUGGAACUGCUUGAGCCUCCGACCCCAGCCCUGAAGAGGACGCUGGACUCCAUGAACAACAAGGGCUGCAAGGUGUACUUUGGGCGCUGGUUGAUCGAGGGGGGCCCCCUGGUGGUGCUCCUGGAUGUGGGGGCCUCAGCCUGGGCCCUGGAGCGCUGGAAGGGGGAGCUUUGGGACACCUGCAACAUCGGGGUGCCUUGGUACGACCGUGAGGCCAACGACGCUGUCCUUUUUGGCUUCCUCACCACCUGGUUCCUGGGUGAGUUCCUGGCCCAGAGUGAGGAGAAGCCACAUGUGGUUGCACACUUCCACGAGUGGCUGGCAGGCGUUGGGCUCUGCCUGUGCCGUGCCCGGCGGCUGCCUGUGGCAACAAUCUUCACCACUCAUGCCACGCUGCUGGGGCGUUACCUGUGUGCUGGUGCCGUGGACUUCUACAACAACCUGGAGAAUUUCAACGUGGACAAAGAAGCAGGCGAGAGGCAGAUCUAUCACCGCUACUGCAUGGAGCGGGCGGCGGCCCACUGUGCUCAUGUUUUCACCACCGUGUCCCAGAUUACUGCCAUCGAGGCUCAGUACCUACUGAAGAGGAAACCAGAUAUUGUGACGCCCAAUGGAUUGAAUGUGAAGAAGUUCUCUGCCAUGCAUGAGUUCCAGAACCUCCAUGCUCAGAGCAAGGCUCGAAUCCAGGAGUUUGUGCGGGGCCAUUUUUAUGGGCACCUGGACUUCAGCUUGGACAAGACCUUGUAUUUCUUCAUUGCUGGCCGCUAUGAGUUCUCUAACAAGGGGGCUGACGUCUUCCUGGAGGCCUUGGCCCGGCUCAACUAUCUGCUCAGAGUAAAUGGCAGCGAGCAGACAGUGGUUGCCUUCUUCAUCAUGCCGGCUAGGACCAACAAUUUCAAUGUGGAAACCCUCAAGGGCCAAGCCGUGCGCAAGCAGCUGUGGGAUACAGCCAACACAGUGAAGGAGAAGUUUGGGAGGAAGCUUUAUGAAUCCUUGCUGGUGGGGAGCCUCCCAGACAUGAACAAGAUGCUGGACAAGGAAGACUUCACUAUGAUGAAGAGAGCCAUCUUUGCCACACAGAGGCAGUCUUUUCCCCCUGUGUGCACCCACAAUAUGCUGGACGACUCCUCAGACCCUAUCUUGACCACGAUCCGCCGAAUUGGCCUCUUCAAUAGUAGUGCCGACAGGGUCAAGGUGAUUUUCCACCCAGAAUUCCUCUCUUCCACAAGCCCCCUGCUCCCUGUGGACUAUGAGGAGUUUGUCCGGGGCUGCCACCUGGGGGUUUUCCCCUCCUACUACGAGCCUUGGGGCUACACACCUGCUGAGUGCACGGUUAUGGGCAUCCCCAGUAUCUCCACUAACCUCUCCGGCUUCGGCUGCUUCAUGGAGGAACACAUCGCAGACCCGUCGGCUUACGGCAUCUACAUUCUCGACAGACGAUUCCGCAGCCUUGAUGAUUCCUGCUCGCAGCUCACCUCCUUCCUCUACAGCUUCUGCCAGCAGAGCCGGCGGCAGCGCAUCAUCCAGAGGAACCGUACGGAGCGCCUCUCCGACCUUCUGGACUGGAAAUACCUAGGCCGGUACUAUAUGUCUGCACGCCACAUGGCGCUGGCCAAGGCCUUUCCAGAAUACUUCACCUACGAGCCCCAUGAGGCUGAUGCGACCCAGGGCUACCGCUACCCACGGCCAGCCUCUGUGCCGCCCUCGCCCUCGCUGUCGCGACACUCGAGCCCGCACCAGAGCGAGGACGAAGAGGAGCCUCGGGAUGUGCUGCCCAAUGAAGAUGGCGAGCGUUAUGACGAGGAUGAGGAGGCCGCCAAGGACCGGCGCAACAUCCGCGCCCCGGAGUGGCCCCGGCGCGCGUCCUGUGCCUCUUCUACCGGGAGCAAGCGCAGCUCGGUGGACACUGCGCCCUCCAGCUCACUCAGCACCCCCAGCGAGCCCCUCAGCCCCGCCAGCUCUCUGGGCGAGGAACGCAACUAAGCCCUGCGCCCCACACUCCCCACCAGCCCUGACUCCCUCAUCUAGAGGGUGGAUGCAGAUCACCGCUGUUAAGAAACCCCACUCCAGAUCCCGAAACUUCUGCGGGGCCCACAGCCCCAUCCCCUUUGCCAUACACUCCAGCCCCUCUAGCUCCGCUGUUGGAAUCCCCAACACGCCAGAGUCCACAAUGCCGUGCCUUUCUUGGCUUCCAGGAUGCAUAUCUGUGUCCUGGAGUCCACCCGGCCUGGCCCGGGUCCCAGAGGCCAGGCACCUGCCAUUAUUACCCUGCCAUGGUGCCAGAGAUUUUAGGAAACCUGGUCUGUUGCCUUCCAGGCUGGGGCUCCUAGAGCCCUUCUUGGCUUGCAAUUUCUACAGCGUACACAGCAAUGCCAUGCUCAGGCCUGGCCUGGGGGCCCCCAAGCACUGGAAACCAUGUGGUGUCCCUGCUAACAGGGAAAUCAAAUCCAAAGCUGGGGCGCUUUCAGGAACUUAACUGAAUGCAGAAGGUCCCCCAUUUCAACUCCAGAACUCAGGCUCCAGGCCAAGGCACUCGUGUUUACUCUGAUCUAGCCCCUCCUGGGGGUGUCUGGCUCUGCCUGGAGGAUCCCUUUUACCCCUUUUCCCUUCUUCCUCCAUACUCUGGCCAAGCAGAGUGGUGGGGCAGAACCACUUGGCUUCUCAUUCCUACUGGAGAACAUGCAGUCUUGGUCUAUAUGCCUUUCUGGUCUAUUCGGGACCAGAUCUUACUCCUUCCCUGAAUCUGAGCUCUCUCCCAUAUUCUGAGACUACUUCUGUGUCCUCCAAGGAAUCACCUGCUGAGGACAGAAUUGGCUGUCUUCCUCCCCACAUCCCCCACUGGCUAGGCUCACCACGAAACCACUGGGUUCUAGAUCCUGGCUGCUGAAUCUAGAACCUUACCACUGUGCUACAUCCUGGCCCCUUUCCCUUCUUGUCUAGAACUGAGCCCACUGAGUUCUAGAACCUCCACAUUUACCUCGAGGCUCUUCCAUCCUUAAGCUGUGCCCUGCCCCCAGCUUUGGUGACAGGGAGGGACCCCUUGUGUGUUGUGCUGCGUCUGAUGCACUUGGGGGGCAGAAGGAGUGUGAUUUAUGUGUGUCCACGGAUGAAAAAAUACAUCUAUAUUUAAGAAUUU